GAGAAACUCCAUUACAAAUCGAGUUGAGAUGGCUGACUUCAUUGAUGUGGGCUAUUUGAAGUCUCAACGAAACAUUUUGAUAUCACAGAUCGAUUUAUAUAAGGAGCUUAAAAUAGAUAUCAACAAAAAUCCCUCAGAGAAUGGAAAAGUAAUGGUUUUGAUUGGAGAUGGUUAUUUCACCGAGAAGACCGUGAGUGAGGCUGAUGAGUUUCUUGACAGGAGGAUUCAUAGUUUAAGCGACAUUGUCGAUAGGUUCAAUAUGAGCAUCAAACAUGAAAGUAACGAGUCAGAGAAACUCAAAAGUUCGUUUGUACGAGAUGACUAUGAUAAUGCCGUAAGAGAGAUGAAGUCCGAAGAGAAGCUUAACGAAGAAGGACUUCCGUUUAUGGACAUUGUGGAGGAGAUGGAUGAUAAUGGUAAUAUUAUAGGGGUAACUGUCAAUAACAAGAAACAUAAGGAUUACACUAUAAUGUCAUUAGAUCAUGAUAACUACUCUAAUUCAGCAAGCAAGAACAUUGAGGAAGAGUCAAAAACACUCCAACUGACCAUACCAGGUCUAGAAGAUGAAGAGUUUGUGGAUAUACAAGAAGAAUUAGACGAAUAUGGAAAUGUGAUUGGUGUCAAAUUGGGGAAGGUUGAUGAGUUUGAACCUUUUGAAGACAAACCUGAUAAUGAUAAUGAUGAUGGGGGUCAAAUUAAGGAGUUGCUUGAAGAUUUGGAGGUCUAUGGAACCCCAAAUGGCCAGUCUAACACACCGAAGACGAAUAAUCUAGAUAUUUCACAUGUUCUUGAUAAGAUCGAUGAGUUAGACUUGAGUGGUGAAGACAAGUUUAGGCUCAAGCUGAUUGUUCUUGAUAAGGAAAAGGCAAUUGACGAGCCUAAAAUAUCCCAAGUAGAAUCAUACAGAGAAGAUGAGGAAGAUGAAGAAGAACCACAAAACUUUGAAGAGAAAUUGCCUCAAGAUCAUAUAAUCAUAAACAAGAAAGAUUUGCUAGAGUUGGAGGUUCUUGCGGAUGAUUUCAAUGAGGGUUACGAAGAAGAAGAGGAAGAAGAAGGACUUGACGACGAUUAUGAUUUUGAGUUUGAGGAAGAUGGAUACGAUGAAAAUGAAGAUGACGAUGAUCUAGAUGAUGAAUAUGAGAGCAGUUUUUUUGGUCACUCUAAAGCAAACGAUAUGUUGUGGGGUCAAAUUAACAAGUUGAGGGAAUCCAAAGUAAAGGAGAAAAUUCCAGCUAAGUCCAAUAUUGUACUUGAAAAAUCAGGUGCAAAACAGGUUAAGAAGUCUGUGACAUUCAAUGAAGAGUUGGAUAUUUUCGAAAUUGAGAGGAUCAAGAAGGAAGACUAUGAGCAGCCAAAGCCGAUAUCUAGGUUUAAGCAAUUGAAAGAGCGUCAUAAUGAGACUUCAAACAAAGCAAAACCUAACAAUGCUGAAGGCUCAGUAAGUGAUAUUGUGGAGAGACCAGUUGGUGAUAUUGUGGAGAGACCAGUUGGUGAUAUUGUGGAGAGAUCAGUAAGUGAUAUUAUGGAGAGACCAGUUGGUGAUAUUGUGGAGAGACCAGUAAGUGAUAUUAUGGAGAGACCAGUUGGUGAUAUUGUGGAGAGACUGCGAGACAAUAUGGAGUUACCCAAUUACACUGUUACAGAUAAUUCGAAUGAACUAGCAAGAGAUAUCAAAAGCAGGCAGCCCAGAGUGUCUCGAUUCAAGAAAGACAAAGAAAGUGUCAAAAUCGAGAAUCCCAAAUCCACCAAGGAACUUGUGCACAACCUUACAUCCACAAAUAUACAGGUGACUGACAUUGUGGAACAGCCUAUGAACGAAAUUUUUGAAACCUCUGCUGACGUCUCAGUCCAAAAUGAAUCAGAAAGAGAACUCCUCAGAAUGAUUCAGGAAUACAGCCAAGAGAAUGAUGAAAUCGAGGGCCCUGUGAUCACCAACUUGAGUGACAUACAAAAGUUAAACGAGAUGCACGAUCGUUUGGAUGUCGACAGCUACGAGAUCCCUCAUGACCACGAUCAUGAACAUGAUCAUGAUAGCCACUCACCCGAGAGAGUAUCCAACGACAUUCCUAUUACCGAAAAGGACACCAACACAACCGGUGAUUUGAUAGAAGUCAUGGAAAAUGACCAGGUAGAUUUCGAAGUGAGAAGCGAGUACUUUCGUUUCAAAGACCAACUCAAGGCGAAGAGCAGUUCUGAUCGAGAGAUUGAACCUUUGGUGAAACAGAGUCGGUUUAAGCAACGGUUACACCAGUGAUUGUGGGCGUAUUUUCAUCACCGUAACACAAAACUUCAACCCAAAAUUAAUUUACACCAGUAUACGAACCGUACUAGUCAGUGAAGUAAACAUAUAGUCGUCCAUAUACACAACUAUCCCUAAUAUAGAAGGUUGGCAACUAUGCUACAUUCAGAAUAAAACUCCGGAUUCCGUUUUCGAGCAAACACUGCCCCAAGCAAACACUUCCCCAGGAAAACACUGCCCCAAGCAAAUAAUUAAUCAAGCAUAAUUUAUAACCCCACAAUUCAGUAUUCAGCUUGUGGCAACAGCGGAGACACAAAAGGUAAACAUGGGGUCGGGCAAUAAUUGCAGAAUUUUAAUUGGACGGAAACUCCGAAUUAACCGGUUAGGGGUCAGGAGUUAAGCAUCACCCACAACCCGGCAGUAAGCUCAUGGGCCCAUGAUUCAUAUAAAAAAAUGAACCAUAGAUAGCAAUAUAUUAACUGUCACAGAAACGCUAGCAGAAAUUUGCAGCCACGGAUAAAUUUGUUUAUCUUCCCCUCCAGCCAAACCAGUGUAGCCAGUGUUGGAUCCUUCUCAUAUCUUCCCCUCCGAGACUCGGAAACAUUUGGGAAGUUUGGGAAUAUGCGACUGUGUACAGGAACGGAGUUUAAUGUCGCGCACUGGAGUGAGUUGAUGAGCUAGAAGGUUGCUUACUGAAGGUAAGAAUUGGGACGGGGUAUGACGUACAAGAGGAAAACUCAAAUGACAGGAUAGGGGACCAUGCAACAUACCCAUUGAUAUUUUUGGAGACAUUUUCCAGGUGAACUCG